AUUAAAAUUAAUUUAGAUACCAGGUAGAUGGCAGAAGAGUUCGCCUUUCCAUUCGAGCCUUAUGGAGUACAGAAGGACUUCAUGAAGAACUUAUAUGAUACGCUUGAAAAGAGAAAAAUUGGAAUUUUUGAGAGUCCCACCGGCACAGGAAAAUCGUUAAGUAUUAUAUGCAGUGCUCUGAAGUGGUUGAAGGACCAGCAGGAACAUCAGGCGAGAAAACUAAAAGAGGAAAUGCAGAGGGAUAAAGACGAAGAUGAGCCUGACUGGGUCAACGAACAGUACCAACAGCAGAAGGUACAGCAGCUUGUCAGUGACAAGCAGGCUACUGCGGAGAAAGCUGUUAGGAGACAAAAGAGAGUCCUAAAAAGCAGAAAGAGGUUCAAGCGAGAUAAUUUCUCGGAUAAAGAAAACAUGGAAGAUGAUAUAGUGGACUUGAAAUACUCCUCCAGUGAUGGCAGCUCUGAGAGCGAUUCAGAAGAGGAGUACUGCACCAAGAUAUUCUACUGUUCGCGGACUCACUCUCAGCUAUCUCAGUUUAUAAACGAAAUAAAGAAGUCCCCCUACUCUUCAGUAAAGGUCACAAUCCUGGGCUCACGUACUAAUCUCUGUAUCAACCCCUCCGUAAGUCAGCUCAAAUCAAACAAUCUCAUGAACGAGCGCUGUCUAGAACUCCGUCGAAGCAGUGCAGCUCGCAAAAAGAACGAUGACGAGGAAAAUAAGGACGAGGAAAAGAAGAAGAAGAAAAAAGGGAAGUGCGAGUUCUACUCGUCGCAGAAAGUUCGAGAUUUCUCCUCGCACAUCCUGUCAGAGGUACAGGACAUAGAGGGGCUGGUGGGUGGAGCUAAGGAAGCGGAGACUUGUCCGUAUUAUUCUACUCGGGCAGCUGUUCCGGAAGCGGAGGUGGUCAUGUUGCCGUAUAACAUGAUACUUCACGGGGAUCAGAGGAAAUCUCUUAAUAUUAGGCUUAAAGAUUCUGUGGUUAUAAUUGACGAAGCGCAUAAUCUGAUAGAAACGAUAAAUGAAAUUCACUCUAUAACGAUACAAGAAAAGGAUUGUAUUACUACUCAUCGCAAACUUGCUGUAUACCUCCGAAAGGUAAAAGCUAGGCUGAAGCCGAUCAAUCUCCUACACUGCAAGCAAGUUAUUCACUGUGUCAGUCUAUUGGCAUCAUCUUUCAAGAAGAUUCAUUUUCAGAAGGCACCUAGAACUUAUCUUCUUACUAUCGGUGAUUUUCAGACCAAAUCCGACUUAGCGGAUAUAAACCUCUUCGAUCUAGUAAAGUACAUCCGUGAGAGUCACCUAGCUCAAAAAGUCCAGGGUUACGAGGAUGACGUCAUCAAACCAACGACUGACGUCACAAUUCACUCUAGAUCUGUCCUUGCGGAGAUUUCAUCAUUGUUCACGGCUCUAACAAACGCUGACUCUGCGGGACGCGUCCUCGUGGUCUGUGAAGCUGAAGGUUCCUAUGUCCGUUAUAUCUCUCUGAAUAGUGAGGACCCCUUCUUACCCCUCCUCCGGGAGUGCAGAUCUGUUGUGCUGGCUGGUGGGACGAUGGAACCUGUGGGUGAAGUGCAGCAGCAGCUCCUCGCUUCCUCUUCACGUGACGUCACCUUGUUCAGCUGUGGUCACGUCAUUCCUCCGCAGAACCUUCUCCCGAUAACACUCUCCCACGGCAAAGAUAUGGAGCUGGACUUCUCAUUUGAAGGAAGGAAGAAGCCGGGAACGUUCCAAGAAGUGGGAAACAUUCUCUUGGACCUUUGCCAGGUUGUCCCUGGAGGCUUGGUCUGCUUCUUCCCUUCCUAUCAAAGUUUGACGGACUGCAAAUCGAUCCUCCAAAAGUCCGGACAUGUUGAUAAGAUCUCCAAGAUUAAGACAUUAUUCUGUGAUGAAGCUGGAAGCAAGAACUCGGACGGCAUCUUGGAACAGUACUCAAAGAGGGUUAGGAGUGCUAAAGGUGCUUCGGGUGCUACAAAUACUGGAGCCUUGUUGCUAAGUGUCCUCGGGGGGAGAAUGAGUGAGGGUAUAAACUUUAGCGACGAUCUGGGACGGUGUGUUGUAGUAGUAGGACUUCCUUUCGCUAACCCCUCUGAUCCCGUGUUGCAGGAGAAGAUGCGGUAUCUGGACACGACACUGAAGAGCAGUGAAGAAGGAAGAACACCCGGCCAGACUUACUACGAGAACAAGUGUAUGAAGUCUGUAAACCAGGCCAUUGGGAGGGCUAUCAGGCACGCUAACGAUUACGCUGCUAUAGUCCUUCUAGAUAAAAGGUAUUCGAGCGAUCGGAUCAACAAGAAACUGCCAGCCUGGAUCAGAAAACAUCUCAGACAUUCCAACAGUCUUCCGCAGACAUCUAGCAUGAUCAGAAACUUCUUCAAGGAGCGUGAAGUUGCUUGAAUGACUGGGCGUGAGGUUUGAAAAUGACACAGCCCGGCAGUUUGAGACUAAAUGUUUUUUGCUUUAUUCUAUUUUAUGACGAAAUAAUGUUUUUAUAAAUUUAUUAUUUUACUUAUUUAAAUUUCCAACAUUUUGUUAAUUUAUUGAACAGUACCUUUGUAAUAUCUUGUUUAUGUUUAUUUUACUAUCCCUGUUUGACUGCAUGGUAUUGCAAGAAGCCUUCCAAAAGGAACAAAAAGAACAAUUCCUGGCAGAUUGAAUUAAUUUUGAUCAUCCUUUCUGCUUUUGAGAUAAAACUCAAUGACCCUCACAUAGGAAAACAU